CGAUCUUUCGGACCCCCGUCGGCCCCCGCUUUGUGCUGGUUUCGGAGGACAGAAGCCUAAGAUGCAGGGACCUCCCUCGGCACUUCUUCCUUAAUGUUUAGCCUCCCUCGCUGCGGGCCUGGGCAACACUUCCUUAGCAACCCCCGGCUUCUAGCGAUCCCUCCGCGAAAAGCGUUCGGCCGCUCCAUCACCCGCUGUGGCGCUGCCGCCGGCCCUGAAAGCAGGAGGAGAGGGAUUCUUUGGAGAGGCGGAGGAAGACCGGCCGGGAGGGAACGAAGGGAGACCCUCACGCGCCCGCUCCGGUCGGGGUUGCGACGCACCUCCUCAGGGCAGAGCGCGCGCCCGGCUGCAGUUUGUGGGGCGACUUUGCGGGACGGCGAAGGAUGGCAAAUAAACAGCCAGAUCUCGAGGAACAUGAUGAGGAGGAAGAUGCAGCUGAGGCAGACUUCAACUCUCCACGUUCAGAGACCACCUAUGACACUGAUACUCCAGAGGCGUGUGGGGGUGGUUACCCUACUCCUGAAGAUGAGAGCGUGACAUUUUGCCACUCAGUGAGUCAGGAACUUGAUUCCCAUCAUGUGGUUACCUGCACAUUCUCAGUCUCACUGGCUCUCCCUCUCAUACUUUCAACCCAUAGGCCUUGGAUGGCCUCUAGACAUGAUCUUCCAAGGACUGCAUCUAAAAUAAGGGAAGGGUCUAUUCCAAGAAUGCAUCGUUUUUAUCAUAUGGAGUAUUUUCUUCUACCAGAUGAUAUCGAUCCUCGGAAAUUAGAUUUAGUGUUAUUUGGUCCAGUAGCUAAACUGUAUCUGGAAGCUGAAUCUAAGUCAGGGACCCCGAAGGAUGGUGAGCGGCCCAGGUCAAAAAAGACAACUACACUGCAUAUUUCAGUUGUGAAACCAUGGCUUGAAAAUGAUCAGAUAUGGGUCUCGUGGAAUCACAGUGUUGAAAUAAAUGUAACCAAUGACUUCCUAAUAAAGCUAAGAGAUCACACCAUAAAGUUGAGAUUGUGGGAUCUUAAGGAGAAGGUUUGCUCAAAAGCCAGGUUUAGUAAACAAAAGGGUAAUAUACCACAUUCGGAUCAAGGAGAUAUUGAAGGUUCCGUAAAGCGAAUGGUUUUGUAUCAGAGAAACAUUUUGGAACGCAAUCAGCCCAAGCCCAGUUACACAAAAGUAAGAGCAUCAGAAGAAUCUUGUUUGCAAGAGAAACCAGUGGACAUCAUUUCACCAGAACAACACAGUUCAGCUGCAAGCAGGCACCUGGAAGAUGAAACUAAUGCUGUUGUUGAUGAAAAAUCAUCUCCUAAAGAUACUUCUCCCCAGCUUCCAGGAAAAUCUGAAGAUCUUAAUCAAUCAAUGAGCAUGAUCAGUUUUUCUGGGAGUAUACCCUCUUCUCUCAAAGAAAGAACUAUCCAGGAGGCCAAACUUAUAAAGCAGAAACACAAUUCAAAAGUUUCACCUAAAGUGUCAAAUUCUGCCAAACUUAAUUUGAUGAAAUUGCCAAGUCAUUCAGAGAAAAGGGAUUCAAUGGCUGCAAUCCUCCUCCAGUUAUCAGAUAGAAGGAAAACCCCAAGGAGGAGUAUUGCUUCAAGUCCAGACAGAAGACACGUGCCAAGCUCCCAUAAACCAUCCACUAAAGAAACUAUUGCUUUAUCAGCACAUGCGAGAAAGUUUGGAAUAGCAUUUUUACAGCUGAAUCUGAUGCCGCUGCUGGCAGGAGAACGCUUUGUAGUCAGUCAAAUGGGAGAGAGAUCCCCUAAAAUUUGUGAAGCAUACCUGAGCUUUUCAGUUGGGAAGCCUCUCAUGACUGAGAAGCAGAAACAUGAAUUAAAUCCCCUGAUUAUUAGGAUAAAGUCUGCAAGAUCCUUACCAACCACUCCUGUCCCAAUUGAAGAGCUACAGCAUAUAUGUGCUCCUGUUUACUGCAAAUAUAAAUUCCACAAUAUGCCUCCCCAUCAAACCGAAGGUCGAGCUCAUGGGACUGAGGUCUUCUUUAAAGAUAUCAAUGUGAUUCUUACAGGGACAAUAAAGACAGAACUGAGUGAAUAUCUAAGGGGGCCACCCUUGGAAAUUGAAGUUCAUGACAGAGACAAGAAGAUGGAAGCGAUCAAGGUGAAGCCUUCUUUGUUUGGUGAGGAGCCGGGAGACAGCAAAAUAAGUCAUUUGAACACUGUAGCUUCUAGGCACUUGCUGCAGAAUCGUUUUUCAGAGGAAAUUCGGCAUCCCUUUGGGGUAGCAAAGAUCAGCCUGGCUGACUUACUGCUAGGUGAAAAGACCCUGAAUUUCUAUGCUCCUAUUCAGAAUUGCUCCAUUCAGGACACUGCUUUCUGCCAAGGGGAGAGUAUCUUUCAGAAGGCAAGGGGAGUUGAUGACUCACAAGCUCUUCAGCUACCAAUGGGCCAUUAUGUGAACUCAGAGUCAUACCUUAAAGUGAGAGUUGAAAUAACUGUGCCUCUAAGUCUCGAAGAGGACUCGGAUGACACAGAAACUGCACAUUGCCCUUAUGGCUGCAUCAUCUAUAUUUUUGACUAUAAGAAUACCUCUCUCUUAAGUUAUUUGCUGCAAGAGAUUACAGCCAUUAAUGCAGAGGCUCUCCAGCUCAAUUCUUAUCCCCCACAUAUCAUUCAGAAAUCUCUGAAUACUUUAAAACUGAACCAGAAGCUUUCGUUUGAGGAGGUUUCUCAGCUAGAUAUUAUUACGGGGUUCCACAUACUGGAUGGGUCCAUUCACCUCCUUAUUUUGGAAGGCUUCAAGAACAAAGCACUGAAGAAGUUGUGGAAUAAAAGAAUAGACAGACUGAAAGAAAUGAAAACUGGAAGAUUACAAAUAUUCUAUAAUUCACAAGUAUCAUUCCAUCGGCGACUGUAUAUAGACCUUGAAGCUAUCCUGUUUCAUUUCCGUCUCUGCAAGCCACUCUCUAGUAUCAUGAAGCAACCUUUACUGUAUGUCAGGGAUAUGGUUCCUCAGCCGUGCUUCGAAGCUCUGACUAGGCUGGAUUACAUUUGCCACAUUAAGAGGUUAAGGGAUGUGAUCCAUCAUAAUCUUUUGCCAUCUGCAGAAAUGAUCACAGCGUUGAGCCUAGAGUUUGGUGUUCCUUUGCAUAAAGAUGACCUCCAUGUUCAGCAGUGCCCACAAAUCUCAGGCAUAUUUGAUAUUCCCAUCAAGUGUUUCCACAUGGAACAAGAUAAGCAUUCCCAUUUGGAUAACCAUAAUGAAGAGUAUAUACUGAGAAAAAAGGAAAUGGAAAAUCGGACACCGGAAGAUUACAUUCAGGCUAAUAUUGAGAAUGUGGCGCUGCUGAGCAAGAUGGUACAAAGGGAAAUCCCAAGAACCAUCAGGGCUUUCCCUUCAGAUAACAAGUCUGUUUUCAACUAUAGUUGUCAGACCUUGAAUUCUGCAGAAAUUGCAAAAAAACUCCUUCGUCAGGAGAUGGCUCAGGCACCUGGAAAGAGGUUUGCUUAUGGUCAUGAAUAUCUGUCAGGCAUGUUUGACCCCGUGGAUGUGGAGAGCACUCUGAAGGAAUCCAAGCGACAGUCAAAGCAGCUGUGGCUCUCAUCCGAAGGGUUUGUGUAUCCUGGAUUUAAGAGCAGCUUUGAAGCCAACAUGCAUCCUCGUAUGCCAGAUGAGGCACGGCUGAUGGAGCUAAAAGAGAAAUGGCAGGAGAACUUUUUAAACGCUGGCAGUCUGAAGCCAGUCCUGGAUCGAGACCGAUGGAGCUGGGAUAAACGGAACAUUGAUUUUGAGCUUUAUAAAAAACCAACAUAUGUCCUUGUGAGUCCCGACACCCACAGAGAAGACCCUCCAAAAGAUGCACGUUGCAACACUGCACUGAAAGUCCACAGGUGCUGUCCAGCAACAGAGCUCAUUUCAAGUGGACCAAAAGCCAGUUGCCAGCUAGCACGCCUCCAAGGACUCCUGAAAGAUAAACCGGUCAAAUUGUCCCUAAAGAUUAAGCCUAUUCCUGUUUUGGGAAUGCUUGAUGAUGUGGCUGACGACACUGUUUGCAAAGGAUUUGUUCCUGGCGCUGACACUUCCCAAAGCUUGAAAAUGAAUAAGAAUAUAAUUCCAUGCUAUGACCGGAAGUACAGUUUUUUUAAAAACUUGAGAGGUGCAGACUUCAGGUUAGUCUGCCAUAAACAUUUGUUUCAAUCCAAGAGGUGGCCCUUACAACGAAUACACUUAAAAGAUGACAUCUUAAAAAAUGAUACACAGGAUGCAGGUAAUCUUGGGUACAGAGAUCACAUAACACUCCUGUUACAGCAGCUCCACUGCCUGCCAGUCCUUUUCUGGGCAGAAUUUAAGGUACUGGUUCUAACAUGUAAAGCCCUCAAUGGCUUGGAUCGAACUAUCUCAAGGACAGCAUCUCCCUUUAUGAGCCUGCCUGGCUGUUAAGAUGAUCAGGAGAGGCCUUUCUCUCCGUCCUGCCACCUUCACAGGUGUAUUUGGUGGGAACAUGGGAGAGGACCUUUUCUGUUUCUGCUCUCAGAAUUUGGAAGUCCCUCCCACAGGUCAGUCGUGGCUCCAUCUUUGCUGUCCUUCUCUAAGCAGGGAAAGACCUUUCUCCUCAGGCAACCUUUCCCUUAGUGACUGGCUGCCUAGGUGCUUUUUAAAUAUAGGGUUGUGCCUUACUACUUCAAGUGUGUUUUUGAUGUUGCUUUUGUUAUCAUUGUUUAGUGUGGUAUUUUUUUAAAUCAUUUUCAGUA